AUGGCGUUGCCUGAUAAGGAGCUCAACAAACUCACUAAUUGUGAUUUGUCAGAGUGGAGCUGUGAUAAAUGUAAACUGAGAACUUCGACGAAUAACGAAGAAGACUCAGUUUGUGAAGACAUGUAUGAUAAUUUCAGAGCAACACUUAAAGGUAAGGGGGUAAAGAUAGCUCAUAUAAACUGCCGUGGAGUAAGAUCUAAGCUAACAGAAAUUAUCUUACUGUUGAAAAAUGCUCUAUUGACAUUCUCGGUAUUACGGAAACACAUCUGAACGAGAAAAUAACAGAUGAUGAAAUAUAUAUAGAAGGCUAUCGACUCUUCAGGCAAGACAGACAACACAAAGAGGGUGGAGGCUGUUUGGUUCAUUAUAAAGAGAAUUUAAAUGUCAUUCCAAAACCAGAAAUUAUGGUCAAUAACAUAGAGGCCUUAUGGCCGGAAAUCACAAUAAGUUCGCAGCGGCUAUUGAUAGGGAAUGUCUAUCGACCACCAGAUAACAAUGAAUUUUAUAAUGAGUUCAAUAGAAUCUUAGAACAAUUGUGGCUUAAGCGUAACAACAUGCUAAUCAUGGGUGACUUUAACUCUGAUCUUUUGAAAACAAACAAAGACAAAAGUCAGCACGGAAGAAAAAUACAGCGCAUUAUUAAAACCUAUGGCUUAACAAGUGUCAUCACAGAACCAACUAGAGUCGCCAAUUCAUCAGCGACGUUAUUGGACUUAAUUCUGGUGAGCAAUAAAUCUAAAAUAAUAAAAGCAGGGACAUUAGAUCCGGCUAUAUCAGAUCACAAAAUGAUUUAUGCUAUUGUGAAUUUAAUUAAGAAAAGAGAACACCCAAUAAUCAAAACAGUGAAGAACUACAAACAUGUAGAUAAAAGAAAAUUCAAAUCAGCAUUACAAAACGUCCCAUGGUGGGUAUGUGAUAUAUUCGACGAUUUAGAUGAUGUGCAAAAUGCCUGGGAACUGUUAUAUAAAGACGUGGUAGAUGAGUAUAUCACAAAGUGAAAGGUCAAAGUGAGACAAAAUUCAUUGCCGUGGGUUAAUACGGAAAUCAGGAAGCUUUUGAAUAAGAGGUUUAAACUUUUGAAGAACUGGGAGCAAACAAAAAAUCCAAUAGCACAUAAGAAAUCUAAGGAAGCGAGAAAUUUAGCAAAUAUUCGGAUGAGAAAAGCGGAAGCCGAGUAUUGGAAAAGUGAAUUUGAUAAUGAAUUCUGGAAGGUAGUGAAGAAAGUGCACAGGAAAACGAAAGCAAUAAAAAUUGGACCACUUGAAGAUGACCUAGGAAAUGUACAAAUAAACGAAAAGGAAAAGGCUGAAUUGAUGAAUAAUUACUUUGCAACAGUUGGCGAAAAGAUGGCAGAAGCAUUCCCUGUGCAAAUAGAAUCGGAAUAG